AACAACUUGAAGAAAGGAAAGCAGAGCUGGCGAUGGGUGAGAGUUGACGGCUGCCCCGGCUUCCCUGAAUCUGCUUGGGUAGCACCGUCCACAAACGCAGAAAACCUCUUCUUUCUCUCUCUUCCCGUUCUCUCUCUCAAUCAGAUUCUAGAGAGAGAAAAGGUUGUGCCUCUCUCUCCUCGCUCUUGUUCUUCCAUUGUUGUUGCAGAGACUUAGAGAGAGAGAGAGAGAUGGAAAGCGUGCCCUUGUGGCAGAUAGGGAGCUUGGUCGGAAUUCUUUGUUGGAUAUGGGUUUCAAGGCUCACCAAUCUCACCAUCCUCCUGCGAUCUCUUACCCAACCUGGGGUUACUCGUCAUGUCAACGCUGAAACCCCCUUCAUACUCAAAAUUCAGGGCUUCCAAUGUCCCACUCUCGAUGUAUUCUUCUCGGCGUUGUCAUGCAUUGUUUCUGUACCCUUUUACACAGCUUUCCUCCCAUUUCUCUUCUGGAGUGGGCAUAGCAAAUUGGCGAGGCAGAUGACACUUUUGAUGGCAUUCUGUGAUUAUGUUGGAAAUGCUCUUAAGGAUUUGAUUUCGGCUCCAAGACCCAGCUCUCCGCCCGUUAGGCGAGUGACUGCCACUAAAGAUGAGAAAGGGAAUGCCCAGGAAUAUGGACUGCCUUCUUCCCAUGCUCUUAACACAGUUUGCCUUUUUGGGCUUCUGUUUAGUUACACUCUAUCAUCUCAUGCAGGCAAUCCUGGUCUGAAGCUUUUGGCUCUCAUCAUGGUUUGUGUUCUAGAUGGUCUCAUUGGAUUGGGAAGGAUUUACCUUGGUAUGCACAGCCCUAUCGACGUAUUGGGGGGAGUUGUUCUUGGGUCUGCCAUUCUUGCGGCAUGGUUGUCGGUUCAUGAACUCAUUGACACCUUCAUUGUGUCCGGACAAAAUGUUACAUCUUUCUGGGCAAGCCUUGCUUUUCUGCUGCUUUUUGCUUACCCUACACCAGAACUUCCUACACCAAGCUUUGAGUACCACACAGCUUUCAAUGGAGUUGCCUUAGGAGUGGUGGGUGGAAUCCAGCAGACCUAUCUUCAGUUCCACCAUGAGGAUGUGCCAAGAAUACUCAGUGAGCAGCUUUCCAUUAUGGUUUUUAUUGGAAGAAUAAUGGUAGGCAUUCCUAUUAUUCUCAUUGUAAAGUUCUGCAGCAAGGCUUUGGCUAAGUGGCUUCUACCCAUCAUUUGCAAUGCAUUGGGUAUCCCAAUUAGAUCUUCCUGCUAUAUUCCAGCUCUCAAGAAACCUGUUCAAUAUAAGACCAAGUGUGAAAACAAGAUGUUCCGGUAUUUGCAAAAUACUUUCUUCUUCUCUCCUGAGGACUCAUAUGAUGUUGAUACUGGGAUUAGGUUCCUUCAGUAUGCUGGUCUUGCUUGGUCAGUGGUGGAUCUAGUCCCAUCAAUUUUCUCUCACCUGAGAUUGUAACAUGCUAUUCUCUUUGUUCUGUAUUUUACAUUUUGUUGAUCGUUAAUAUAUUUUACUCUUUCAUCUAGAUUAUCACAUAUCCCUUUCUAGAUGGAAUGAGAAGUUCCUUUGCCAUCAAAGUUGUUCAUUAUACUGGUUCGCAUUAGGGUAUUGUUUUGUUCACGGAGGCUUUGCUGUGCAACGCUGAUCUUUCAUGUGCUCAAUCUCUAAUAGCUACUUGCUCUUCAAAAUUCUCAUCCAGAUGCCAUGAUCUCUGUGAGUUCCUAUGUGUUAGACAUGUUGCAAUAUGCAUACUAUCUCCGUGCACUUGGUUCUUUAAACAGUAGUUUGUGAAUAGCCAGCUUGCAGCAUUUCCUGUCUAGCGGAAUGAUGCUCCUUUGAAUCAACCUUUUUAAUUUUGAACUAAACAUUGACCCAAAAGUAGAAUAGAGUAAAAAGGAUUUGUAUUUGAUUUCGAAAGAGCCAAAUGUAAUUUAUUAUCAGCUUCUAUGGAUAUUUUAAAACUUUUAAAACUGUUAUGCCCCACUCUAUUGGGAAAGGGUUGCUGUGCUGUAAUAGCCAUUAAAAUGGACAUAAUGGUGUUUAUUUUCGAAUAUCUUCAGUCACUUGGCGAUGUUUCCUCGAGGGCCAACAGCAAUUCCUGUUAUAACAAAUGUAAUAAUGGAUAUUUCAAAUAAAUUUUAAAACCUCAAUUUUUGUUAUCAUUAGGCUGUGGUAAUGAAUGUGCAUGCAAGCUGACCCGAUGACUUUCAGUUGGAUAAGAAAUGCCAACACGAUUGAACCAAUUGCUUUUGUUUGCUGUUAGGCCAUGCCUGGUGACUCUUGUUCAUUUGUAAUCAUGGUGUAGGUACCAAACCAUGCAUCUUGUGGGGUCUGAACAUAAAAAUAGUACUAUUUGUUUAUUCCACUUUUUCUUUGGUAUUUUUCUCUAGUACCAUGAAUUCUGAGUACGGCAAACUAGUCCUGCAUAGAUAAAGGUGAUGAAAUGAAAUCUAACAGAUGCCCUCCUGAUAUUAUCAGUUAAAAAGAGAGAGAAGAGCAAGGGCCUUUCUACACUCAAUGAUUCUAUAUUAGCAUGCAGCCAUGUGCCUCGGAGUACACAAGUCUCUCUUGUUAGAAUCGUGGAGGAUAAUAUUCAUGUCAUUAUAAUAGAUGCAACGGUGUUGUAAUUGAGCCACAUUGCAGAGUAAAGACCCAACACCAGGUACUUAUUUCUCAGCUCAUACAGGCAUCAUCAUUACGAAUCGGGCUUGGGCUUGGAUUUGGCAGCUGACAUUUAGCAGCACUUCAUCUCGAGUUCGAUUCCUACUAUUGAACUACUCAAAAAAUAAAAUAUAAAAAAGUACAGGCAUCAUUGAGGAUGAAGAGCAAUGUGUUACUCAGAGUGUAGCAAACGAACAGGAUGAGACGCAUCCAGUGAAAACUCAGUCCACAGGCUACAGUAAAAACUCAUUCCAUAUGGUCAUAUAGCCCCAUUGAUUACAUUGAGCAUACAGUAAAAACGCAGUUAUAUAGGUAGCACAUAAAUAACUCAGCAUACUUCAACAUGGUAUCAAAAUAAAAGGAGUUGAAGACAGAAAAUGACAAGAAAAUAGGGAACAGAUGCCCUUUGCAGUAGCACAGGCUGAAUACGGAGCAAAGAAAGCCCAAAAUGCCCCAGCAAGUCAUAAUCUAAAUGACAUUUGAAUCAGUAACGGAUCUUGUACCUCUUAUGUUAGCUUAUAGAGUUGGGCAUCAUGAUAUAAUCUCUUAUAGUCAUCCACAUAUUUGGACUAUAAACCGUUGAUUUUAUAGUGUCAGGCCUAUCAUACGUAUCAUUUGAGAGCAAUGUAACAGGUGGGGUUCGUGUACAAAUCCCCACUAGCUUAAUGGAUGGAAAGAGGAUUACAACUCUCUCAUAUGUGCCUGCAUUAUAAUUUGUGCUUUAUUGGCACUAGGAGCUUGUCUUCUCUGUAGUUUUUCUUUGACAUAAAUUCAGAAUCACAAGGUGAACUGGUGAAAGGUCAAAUGCAAUAACCAGUCCAGAGUGAGUGGCAUGGUUCUGUUGAAAGUUACUGAUUUACUACCAACAUGAGAGCACCUUCCCCAGAUGCCCGAAAGAAGUGAAACUGAUGCACACCACUGAAAUUUGGAGAGAUGGUGAUCUUUCAUGCUUCAAUGCAAGGGACGUGAGGAAUACCAUCUUGUAUUGCAAUAGAUGCUCCAUUUGUAUGUGCUUUUGUGAAGGCCCAAAUUAUUAUUGAUAAUGUGGUCAUCGUUUUUUUAUUUUUUGUUUUUUUAUUUGUUGUCCAAGAUUUCCCAGUUAUAUGUGUUACAAGUCACAAUCUGUCAAAUACAGCAGCUGUGCUCAAAAUUUGCGAAAGAAAUAUUCAGAAAUGCUAUUAGCCCAGAGUAA